AUGGUAGGUGGGGACUUCAAUGUUUGUAUAUUUGAGAAUGAAAGAUACAAUUGCAUUAGCAGUUCCAGGGCAAUGACUGCUUUCUCUGAUUUCAUUCAAGAUAUGGGAUUGAUUGACCUUCCUCUUCAAGGGGCCUUCUACACUUGGACCAGGAAUGCUGAAUGUCUACAAGCCUCCAGAACUGAUAGGUUUCUUGUCUCUUCUGAAUGGAGUGAUCACUUUGGGGUUAUUUCUCAAAAAACUCUCCCCAGAGUUGUCUCUGAUCAUUGCCCUAUAGCUCUAGAAUGCUUUGGUGAUCUGGUGAAACAAUGGUGGCAGGGGUAUGAAGUGAAUGGUUCCUCAGAUUUUAUGCUUUCUCAGAAGAUCAGAAUGCUAAAAAAGGAACUGGUCAGGUUGCUGCAAAUGUUGGAUCAGGUUGCUGAAAAUAGAGUGUUGACCCAAGAUGAGACUAACAAAUCCUUGUCACUAAAAUUGGAACUUCAACAACUAGCCAAGGAAGUGAAUAAAAAUACUAAGUACUUUCAAAGAAUUGCCAACACUCAUAGGAGGUACAAUUGUAUUGACAGGCUGCAAGUGGUUGAUGAGAUUAUUGAGGAUAAGCAAGUGAUCUUGGACUUCUACCAAGAACUAUACUGUGAGAAUGAAGAAUGGAGGCAUACUACUGAUUUUGAAGGUUUGAACUGUCUUGACAAUGAAGACAAAGAAACCUUAGAAUGCUCUUUUGAAGAAGAUGAAGUCCUCAAUGCCAUCAACUCUUGUGCUCCAGAUAAGAGUCCUGGACCAGAUAGAUUUACUAUGGCUUUUUUCCAGAAAUGCUGGUCCACUAUCAAGCAGGAUGUCAUGAACACCUUCAACCAUUUUCAUACCAACUCACUGUUGGACAUAGAAAAGGCUUUUGACAAACUUAACCGGAAAUACUUAAUCUCUAUUUUGAGGCAAAUGGGAUUUGGAGAUAGGUGGAUUAGAAGGAUCAGGUUCUCCCAUUCUGUUCUUGUUAAUAAGAGCCCAGUUGGUUUUUUUGUCUCCCAAGAGAGGAAUAAGAUAAGGGGAUAUGGUUAA